GACAACUCUAUCGAUUAAUUACAUCCCUUUACUCUACGUUUCCUCCGAAACAGGCAGGCACACUAGACCUUCCACCGCCGCCCGAUGUCGCAUCGCUGCCCUCGCUGUGAUCCACCUUCGCCGUCGCCGCCUCUGUGAUCUUCUCCUCUUCCUCCUCCUCCACCCUCUCCUCCUCCAACUGGCCACGUGCCAUGUUCACCCGCAGCGCCUCGCGGAAGCGGCGACCAGCGGCGUCGGCGCCCGUCUACCUCAACGUCUACGACCUAACUCCUAUGAACGGCUACGCCUACUGGCUCGGCCUCGGCGUCUACCACUCCGGCGUCCAAGUUCACGGGGUGGAGUAUGCGUACGGGGCGCACGAGCACCCGACGACGGGGAUCUUCGAGGGGGAGCCCCGGCAGUGCCCCGGGUUCGCCUUCCGGAAGGCGAUCCUGAUCGGCCGUACCGAUCUGGGGUCGCGCGAGGUGCGGGCGCUCAUGGCGGAUAUGGCCGCCGAUUACUCCGGCGACACUUACAACCUUAUUUCCAAGAAUUGCAACCACUUCUGCGACGACGCCUGCCUCCGCCUCACCGGCAACCACAUCCCCAAAUGGGUCAAUCGCCUCGCCAAGAUCGGGUUCCUCUGCAAGUGUGUGCUGCCGGUGCGAGUAGCGGCCGUGCGGAAGCGCGGCGCGGAAGAGGCGAAGCGCGGGGUGGACGCCGACAUGCGGCGGCUGAGGAGCAACUCAGCCAGAUUCCCUCCGGAAGGGGCCGCCACGCCUCCCAGCAACAUCUCGAAGCCCGAGGUCACCAUCUCCUCGCGAUGUACGGGCGCAAGGAGGCUCCGGCGAUCGGCGUCCUUGUCCUCCUCUUCCUCCUCCUUAUGCUAACGGCGUAAAUGCCGGUGACGGCGAUGGCAAUGGCAAAUCUAGCGGAAAAUGACCUUCCUUGGUCUGGGAGAGCAAAGCGCCGGCGACACUUUCCCUUUUGCUUUCUAAAUUCGAUUGGAAAUGGAAAUAUUUCUUUAUUCAACAUACCCCUUUUGCUUCGAAAGACUGCCGCUGCGGCUGACUGCUGCUGCCAUGUCACUGUGGUCAAGCCGAACUAUUUUCAGCGCGUCUGGAGUUGGCUUCCUCGCGCCUCUUCCUCUGUUUCCCCAUUUUUGUUACGCAA